CAGGAGUUGGUUUUAUUAUCGUUGGAGUUUUUUCCGAUUCGCGAUUUACAAUAAUGUUUUUCAGAAUAUUGUGUGUGUAUUUAUUCGUCACGACUCAAACCUUAUGUCGUGAUGAUACGGAGGUGAAAUCAGAAGAAGACGUUGGAGUUAAAUAUGCGAACCGGUGUGAGGUAUGCAAAAUUUUAGCUACCGAACUGCAAGGAAGGCUCGAAGAGACCGGCAAAGUACACGAUGUCAUUGAAAUUGGAUACUCCCUUGACGACGUGCAACCUAAGAAGAAGACUAAAUACCAGAAAUCGGAACUAAGACUGAUUGAAUCAUUGGAGGGAGUUUGUGACAAGAUUUUGGAAUAUAACAUUCACAAAGAGCGUCAGGAUAGUACCAGAUUCGCUAAAGGUAUGAGUCAAACAUUCAAGACUUUACACGGGUUGGUCGACAAAGGAGUGAAAGUGGACCUAGGAAUUCCAUUUGAGUUGUGGGAUAAGCCUUCCGCUGAGAUAACACACAUGAAAACACAGUGUGAAAGUCUUUUGGAGGAGAAUGAAGGAGCAGUUGAAGAUUGGUAUUGGAAUCAUCAAGGAGAGGUUGAUCUGACCAAGCACUUGUGUACACGACAUGCCCUCCAGGGAACUGAUGACUCAUGCUUGAAUGAAAAGUUGACCACUGCUAAGGGGGAGAGAAGCAAGACGGAACUAUGAGAUUAAGCAUUCUUUUAGGAAAUAAAGUACAAGAACAAUUUAUAUUUAUUUAGCAGUCUGUGUUGAUGAACUAUGUGAUAACAUGGAGGCAUUUGUAUUAUCAUAUCUAGUUUUAGUAAGUUCUCUUAAUUAGUGGAUAAGUGAAAUAAGUGAAACAAUUUUUAGGUCACCUCAAACUGAAUGCCAUAGUUUUUACUCAAUACUUGUAAUAGUUGCAUAUUAUUGUACUGUAUUGCAUUGUGUGGGUGGAGCUAUGUCAUUGGUUGACAGGAAUCAACUUUGAAUGCUUUGGAAAGUUUGAAUCAACCUUACUUGUAUAACAUAGACAUUAUGACCACAAUUUUGUAAACCCAAGUUUCAAUCUUUACAUGUAAUAAUGAUAAUUUUGUACUGUUUUUAUUUUUAACUUAUAAUAAUAAACAAAGCAGAUUCAAAAUAAAAAAUCAUUUUUUAUAUGAUCUGUAAUAAAGGAAACACGAAUAAAAGUUUAAAAUAUUAGGAAACAACAUUUUAUUCUUUUAAAUAAAUUCCUAGUUGUUUAUCAUUUAAAAUCUUAGUAGACCUAAUGUUAAAUCCAAUGCAGGGUGCAGCUCCCUGACAAAUGAAAAGUGUUAAGAUAUUAUUGCCAUUUUAUUUCAUUAUUAUAAUAUAAGAUGUAAGGAUCAAAUUCAAACAGCAAGUCAAUCGCUGGGUUGGAGCGGUGCCUUGCUUGCUCAGCACUAUGUGUGACUGUGUAAUCUGUUUUUUCGGUGGGAUACACGCCCACUGUCGGAACCGGGAUCUGCAGCCCCGAUAAUGAUAAUGACGGAUAUCCAUAUUGUUUUGAAUUUAGUUAGCUUUGCACUUUAUCAUAUACUUACUCUCAUUUCAAGAAAUAUCGAAGUUAUUCAUAAUGGCAGGGUGUUAUUAUGUUGCACGAAAAAUAAAACAAAAGAAUCAUUAAUAAGCACCUUUUUAAUCGACUGUCAAAAAGUGUCACCUAAAUAUAUAAAUAAAAUUAAUAUCUCAACUCUAUAUUUUGCACCAGUUAUCUUACACAAUGGUAUUUAAGGUGCUAACAACAUGCAGCCAUCCUGCAAUCGUAUUGGGGCGAGAAGGGAACUAAAUUUACUUAACAAGACAAAUAAAUAGCUAUAGAUUUAGGUUUUUUUUU